UUCGCUUCUUUCCUUCCAUUCACUCUCAGUCCCCGAGAUUGUGUUUUGUUUUGCUUCGCUGCCAAGCUUCUUCUACUUCGCUAGCCAAGUGAUGUUGUUUGCACUGCCCGAGGUUGUCCCGUAUGCGACGCCAGGCUCGGCGUGUAGUUGGGGAGACGCGGAAGCAAGGGGCGGGAGUACCUGUCUGUAUGAGAAUUGAUGAUUAGAUUUCCCGUAACCCCUUCGGCUUCUCGUUGCCUCACCUGUGCUGGCGGUACGCCUUCCUGGUUGGAUUUUGGACUUCGGUGACGUCUGUGUAAAGGAAUCGGUUCAGAAAUCGAGCCAUCUCACUGUUCCGGUGAAUUUUUGCGAAGCUCCCAGCGUGCAAUUCAGCUGUUUUGACUCGAAUUUUCUUGGGUUGUGUUCGGGACGUAGUGCCUGUCACGAUGGAGCUCACGGGUGCACAUCGUAUUUUGUGCAUUAGCAUUAUCAUUGUCUUUAUUAGCUCGACUGGGGUAGGAGCCGUGACUUUGGAGUUGUCCACGACAUUACUCAAAUCUUCCGGCGACCCUGUAAUCGUAUCCUGGAAUGAACUUGAGUCUCCAAAUGCGUUUGAUUGGUUGGGAAUUUACUCGCCACCGGAGUCUGCCGACAACCAUUACAUAGGCUACAUACUUUUGUCUUCUGUUAGUGGUUGGGAGACCGGCAAAGGCUCCCAUAUGCUUCCUGCAGUGAACAUGCGAGCUCCAUAUCAGUUCCGUCUGUUUCGAGGUUACCCACCCAGCGAAGAUACUCCUUUGGACGAAGACUCAAUACCGAUACCGAGCAUAACGACACGUCUGGCUGUUACCGAACUUGUGGAGUUCUCAAACUACAACGAACUGACUCAAGUGCGGCUCUCCUUGACCUCAAAUCCGACGGAGAUGAAUGUCAUGUACGUGACCAAACAGCCUCUGAAGACUUAUGUCAGGUAUGGCAAAGAGAGCGACAAUUUGGUUGUUACUGCCAUUGCAUCUACCAAGACGUAUGAGCAGAAGGAUAUGUGCCAUGCACCAGCUAAUACUUCGCUUGGCUGGCGAGACCCGGGGUUCACGCAUUUGGCGAAAAUGACCAAACUCGAACCAGGCGCUAGAUAUUUCUAUCAGGUAGGAGCCGAGGAAACUGGGUGGAGCAAGACGUUCAACUUCGUGGCUGCUCAUGUGGAUGGGACUGAAACUGAUGCACUCCUCUUCGGUGACAUGGGCACAUAUGUUCCAUACAGGACAUUCAAUUGGGUGCAGUACGAAAGCGUCAACACCAUGAAAUGGUUGCAACGUGAUAUUGAGCUGCUGGGUAAUCGGCCAACUCUUGUCUCCCACAUCGGUGAUAUUAGUUACGCACGAGGUUACUCCUGGCUUUGGGACAACUUCUUCCACCAAAUUGAGCCUGUUGCGGCUAGAGUUCCAUGGCAUGUUUGCAUUGGGAACCACGAGUACGACUUUCCUACGCAGCCUUUCAAGCCAGAGUGGGCACCGUAUGGAAAAGACAGCGGUGGAGAAUGUGGAGUGCCUUACAGCAUGCGAUUUGUAAUGCCAGGGAAAUCUUCUGAACCUGUGAGGAGUGACAUCUCAGGCAUCCCGGAUACGAAAAACCUCUACUAUUCUUUAAACUUCGGUGUGGUUCAUUUUGUGUGGAUCUCCACCGAGACAGAUUUUACUCCAGGCAGUGACCAGUACAAGUGGAUCGCUGAAGACCUGAAGAACACGGAUCGUCAGAAGACGCCGUUCAUUGUGUUUCAAGGACACAGGCCCAUGUACUCGUCUGACAACAAAGCCAUGAGGUUGAUCAUCACGGCGAAACUGAUAGAGUAUCUCGAGCCCUUGUUGGUGGAACACAAGGUCAGUCUCGCACUUUGGGGUCAUGUUCACAAGUACGAGCGCACAUGCCCACUGCAAAAUAGGACUUGCAUGGAUGCAGAGAACGGGGUUUACCCUGUGCACAUGGUGAUUGGAAUGGGUGGCCAGGACUGGCAACCUAUUGACCAGCCCCGUCCCGACCGUCCCUUGGCACCUAUCUAUCCACAGCCGGUGUGGUCGAUGUACCGCAGCUUUGAAUUCGGAUACAUCAGGAUUCAUGCCACCAAAAGCUUGAUGAAGGUGUCUUAUGUUGGCAACCACGACGGGUUAAUCCAUGAUGUGGUUGAAUUCACCUCCCCAGUUGCAACAACUGUGAUGAAUCAGAAUGGUGUUCUGGACCUUCACAUGGUGCGUCUUGAAGCUGAAGCAUCUCCAGUGUCUCGAGUAUACACUUCAACCUUUUCUGGUUUCGUGGCUGGUAAUCAAGUCUAUGGCUUGUUCACUGUGGUCCUUGCUUUUGUUCUCGGUGCUGCUGUAACAGGACUUGCUGCAUUGGUAUAUAUACGCAGUGGUAGAGAUUUUAGGGUGGAUGAUUACGAGGCUUCUCCACAAAUUAAAUGAGAAUGACUGGAUUUCAGAUUUGGGUACUAUAGCAAUCUAUAUGUGCUGUCGUACCGGAAGGGUCUGGAAUCUGAUUGGAAUUAAGUGUUUUGUGCUGUCUUCUGUACAUACGACCUUACCAUGAAAUUAAUUUGAAGCCUUUCCAUGUAUUUGCUUCGCAAU